AACCUUCACCCACAAAAACCCACCCAAACACUAUGACUAUGACUCAGUUGAUUGAAAACCAAUCUAGAGGAGGAGGAGAAGAAGCAGAAGAAGAGCUAAGCAAUGAGUCCAAGCAAUUGCUUCUCUCACUUCCAAAAGAGAAAGGUUGGAGAACCAAUCACCUCUAUUGGUUCCAAAACUUUUGGUGCCAAGCAAAGGAGAUUCAAGCCAUAAUCUCAUGCCAAAGACACUUCCAAGCCCAAGACAGUGACAUCAUACUAGCCACUAUCCCAAAAUCCGGAACAACAUGGUUGAAAGCCCUCGCAUUUGCUAUUGUCAAUCGCAAGCGUUUUGGCCCAAAAACCCAUCCUUUGCUCACCUCCAACCCACAUGACCUUGUACCUUUCCUCGAGUACAAGGUCUAUGCAAAUUACAACCAUGUCCCUGACCUGUCUUCCUCCACAAGGUCCUGUAACCCUAGACUUUUCGGCACCCAUGUGCCGUAUGCUUCGUUGCCGGACUCAGUCAAAAAGUCCGGCAACAAUAACAACGACAGUGGAUGCCGGGUUGUGUAUCUGUGUCGCAACCCAUUUGAUACUUUCAUCUCCGUCUGGCAUUUCCUCAUGAGAGCGAGACCUGCGAGUCUGGGACCCCUUUCGAUGGAGGAAGCUUUCGACAUGUAUUGUAGGGGUGUUAUAGGGUAUGGACCCUACUGGGACCAUAUGCUAGGGUACUGGAAAGAGAGCAUAGAGAGACCUCACAAGGUGUUGUUCUUGAUGUACGAGGAUAUGAAAGAAGACACGGGGUUUUAUGUGAGGAAGUUGGCUGAGUUUUUGGGGUACCCGUUUUCAUUAGAGGAGGAGAGAGAAGGGGUGGCUGAGGAGAUAUCAAGGCUGUGCAGCUUCCAGAGCUUGAAGGAGUUGGAGGUGAACAAGACAGGGAAAGGAGCUGUUUUAAACCUUGAAAAUGAAAGUCUUUUCAGGAAAGGUGAGGUGGGUGAUUGGGUGAACCACCUAACCCCAUUCAUGGUGGAGAAGCUGACAAAAGUCAUGCAACAAAACUUGGGUGACUCUGCUCUGGCAUUCAGGCUCAAGCUCUUUUCCAAGGAUAACACCACCCACACCUACACCACCUACAACUAGCCGCUCUGGUCAACCUGCACGGCUUCCUUGCCAAUAAUAAGGAUAAUGUUUGAGAAUUUUAAUUUGAGUGUUUUAAUAAUGUGAAGAGUGAGUUACACUCUCUUAAUCUCUCUCUACUUUCUCUCUCUUUUAUUCCACCUACAUCAUUACUGCAACAAUAAUAAAGAUAAUAUUAUGGAGUGA